UCAAAUCUCUUCACAAGUCCACAACUUUGCUUUUCUGUUCUAAGACGCAACUAUUACAUUUCCGGAGGCAGCUAUUGCCUAAGGAUUGCUUUUCCUUCAAAUCACAUCACAUAUUAGAAGAUUGAAUCAGAGAUUAAUAAAAAGUUUGGAACUUUGAAGAACAUGGACAAGGAAUCAGUAGGAGAAGAAGAGGUGGUCAACUUUGGGAAAUCUCUGAUAGUACCCAGUGUUCAAGAACUUGCCAAAGUUGCCAUCAACAAAAUCCCACCCAGGUAUGUGCGCGAAGACCAGAAACAGGACCCUCCGGUCAUAACAUCGUCCGAACAGGUGUUUGUUCCACCGGUGGUGCCGGUGAUUGAUCUUCAAAGCUUGGUUUCAUCAUCAGAAGGGGAUCACAUGGAUUCUCAUGAAUUGGAGAGGCUGCACUCUGCUUGCAAAGACUGGGGUUUCUUCCAGGUUGUAAAUCAUGGAGUGAGCAUUUCAUUGUUAGAGGAAUUCAAGAGGGAAGUUGUAUAUUUUUUCAAGCUUUCUUUGGAAGACAAAAAGAAAUUAUGGCAACAGCCAGACAACCAUGAAGGUUUUGGGCAGCUCUUUGUGGUAUCAGAGGAGCAAAAGCUCGACUGGAGUGACAUGUUCUACAUUACCACUCUUCCAACAAGUCUAAGGCGGACUCAAUUAUUUGACCUUCUACCUCCAAAACUCAGGGAAACAAUGGAAGCAUACUCUGCAGAAGUGAAAAAGCUAGCCAUGAUCAUCCUAAGUCAGAUGGCUAAAGCUCUAAAGAUGGACAAUGAAGAGAUGAAAGAACUAUUCAGUGAUGGGGUACAGUCCAUGAGAAUGAAUUAUUAUCCUCCAUGCCCUGAGCCUGACAUGGCCAUCGGCAUCACUCCUCACUCCGAUGCAGGUGCUUUAACCAUUCUGUAUCAGCUCAAUGACACCCAAGGCCUCCAAAUUCAGAAAGAAGGGAAAUGGGUACCCGUUAAACCAUUGCAAGAUGCUUUUGUUGUCAACAUUGGGGACAUCAUGGAGAUUGUGAGCAAUGGUGUGUAUCAAAGCAUUGAGCACCGAGCAAUGGUGAACUCGAGAAAAGAAAGGAUGUCCAUUGCAACAUUUUACAGCACCAAUUUAGAGUCGGAGCUAGGUCCUGCGCGUAGCCUUAUUGGACCAAACAAGCCUGCAGUUUUCCGACGAGUCCUCUUUGACAAGUAUUUCAAGGACUUCUUUGCCCGAAAACUCAAGGGUAAGUCGAACCUUGAUUUCAUGAAAAUUGAAACUCAUGAGGAAGAUGGCUCAAGUUAAAUUCUGGUGCAAUUACCAUAAACAGAAGCUCUCUCUUUUCAUUCAUCAAGAAGUGUAGGCUACUGCAUUGUUUUUACAUAAUGUGUGUGUGUAUGUGUGUUUUUUUUUUCUUUUCUUUGAAAUUUUUUGGGCGUUGGCAUAAACAAAGCUAAUGCAGGCACAACUGCAAUGAGCUGUCUAUGUAGAAUUACAAAAAUAAUAAUGAAAUAUAAUGACUCCUUGUGGUAAUUUCAUUUUAUAAUUUCAAGAAGUGUCACUCAUAUUAUUCUCAAUGAGAUUUUUGUA